GUCAUCAUCAAGGCACCGGUGGCGUGGGUUCCUUUUGACAUAGUGGAAAACAUUUCUGCAUUCUCUUCUCUUACAAACAGCAAAUAAAAAACAACUUUUAGAAAAAAUGACGGAACGAAAAGGAACUGCGAAGUUGGACUUUUUGAGAAAGAUUGAAUUAGAAAUUCAAGAGAAAUGGGAGAAGGAGAGAGCAUUUGAGAGUGAUGCACCAUCAACUGUUGGAGAGAGCUCCAACAAAAACAAGUACUUUGUGACCUUUCCGUACCCUUAUAUGAACGGCCGAUUGCAUCUUGGCCAUACGUUCAGUUUGUCAAAGUGCGAGUUUGCUGUUGGUUACCAGUCUCUGAAGGGGAAGAAAUGCCUCUUUCCAUUUGGGCUGCACUGCACAGGGAUGCCGAUCAAGGCCUGCUCAGACAAGCUGAAGAGAGAAAUGGAGCUGUAUGGAAACCCUCCACAGUUUCCCGAUGAGGAGGAGGAGGAGAAGGAGGAGAAGCCAAAGCUGUUUGAUGAAAUCAUUAUCAAAGACAAAGCAAAGGGCAAGAAGAGUAAAGCAGUGGCCAAAUCUGGGUCCUCCACUUUCCAGUGGGACAUCAUGAGGUCUUUAGGCCUAAAUGAUCAGGAAAUUGCCAAGUUUGCCAAUGCUGAACACUGGCUUGAGUACUUCCCUCCUUUGGCAGUUAAGGACCUCAAACAGAUGGGAGUCAAGGUUGACUGGAGGCGUUCGUUCAUCACCACUGAUGUGAACCCCUUCUACGACUCCUUCGUCAGGUGGCACUUUGUCACACUGAAAGAGAGAAAGAAGAUCAAGUUUGGCAAAAGGUAUACCAUCUACUCUCCCAAGGAUGGACAGCCAUGCAUGGACCAUGACAGGCAAACUGGAGAGGGAGUUGGACCUCAGGAGUAUACACUCAUCAAGAUGAAAAUUGUUGAACCAUACACGGCAAAAUUCAAAUCUAAAGUCUUUUAUAGCAGCGGCAUGAAAGGCAAAACCAUCUUCCUGGUAGCUGCCACUCUGAGACCAGAAACCAUGUUUGGACAGACCAACUGCUGGGUGAGACCCGACAUGAAGUAUGUCGCCUUUGAAACAGCCAGCGGAGACGUCUUCAUCUCCACCAGCAGGUCUGCCAGAAACAUGUCUUUCCAGGGCUUCACCAAGGAGAACGGAGUGGUGCCAGUGGUCAUGGAAAUACUGGGACAGGAUAUCCUCGGCUGUGCCCUAAGUGCUCCAUUGACCUCGUACAAGAUUAUUUAUGCUCUGCCCAUGCUCACUAUCAAGGAGGACAAAGGUACUGGAGUUGUAACCAGUGUCCCAUCCGAUGCUCCUGAUGACAUUGCUGCUCUCAGGGACAUCAAAAAGAAGCAGGUUUUGUGAGGAGACGAGGAGAAACUUUGAGGCAACAUUGGCCUGGCUGCAGGAGCACGCCUGCUCUCGUACUUAUGGGCUCGGAACACGGCUGCCUUGGGACGAGCAGUGGCUCAUUGAGUCUCUAUCGGACUCCACAAUCUACAUGGCGUACUACACCGUAGCCCACCUCCUCCAGGGAGGUGUGCUCAACGGACAAGGAGCCUCUCCGUUGGGCAUCAAACCAGAGCAAAUGACCAGAGAGGUGUGGGACUUUAUCUUCUUUAAGACGUCUCCUUUCCCAAAGACGGACAUUCCUAGGGAGCACCUACAGAGGCUGAGGAGGGAGUUUGAGUACUGGUACCCAGUGGAUGUUCGUGUGUCUGGCAAAGAUCUGGUGCCGAACCACCUGUCCUACUACCUGUACAACCAUGUUGCUAUCUGGCCUAAAGACAAUGGAAAAUGGCCACAAGCUGUGCGAGCUAAUGGACAUCUGCUCCUUAACUCUGAAAAGAUGUCCAAAUCAACAGGAAACUUCCUGACUCUCUGCCAAGCUGUUGAAAAGUUUUCAGCUGAUGGUAUGCGCUUGGCUCUAGCUGAUGCUGGGGACACGGUGGAGGACGCCAACUUUGUAGAAACCAUGGCCGAUGCUGGCAUUCUUCGUCUCUACACGUGGGUGGAGUGGGUGAAGGAGAUGAUCGCCAACCAGAACAACCUGAGGACGGGACCUUCUGACACCUUCAAUGACCGCGUCUUUGCCAGUGAAAUGAAUGCAGGUAUCAUAAAGACGGAGCAGCACUAUGAGAGGAUGAUGUACAAAGAGGCUCUGAAGAGUGGCUUUUUUGAAUUUCAGGCUGCCAAAGACAAGUACCGCGAGCUGGCUAUAGAAGGCAUGCACCGAGACCUCGUCUUCCAGUUCAUAGAGAAACAAACCCUGCUGCUGGCCCCCAUCUGUCCUCAUCUUUGUGAAUACACAUGGGGUCUGCUGGGAAAGACGGGCUCUCUGAUGAAGGCGUCGUGGCCCGAAGCAGGUCCAGUCGACGAGAUUCUGAUCCGUUCCUCUCAGUACCUGAUUGAGACGGCUCAUGACCUCCGUUUGCGUCUCAAAGCAUACAUGCUCCCCCCGAAAAACAAGAAAGGUGACUCGAAGCCCCCUGCCAAGCCCUCCCAUUGCAACAUCUUUGUAGCCAAGAGCUACCCUCCAUGGCAGCAUAGCGCCUUGUCUCUGCUCGGCAAGCACUACAAGAGCAACAACGGGGCGCUUCCAGACAACAAAGUGAUAGCGAAUGAGCUGGGAGCCCUGCCUGAACUGAAGAAAUACAUGAAGCGAGUCAUGCCUUUUGUUGCCAUGAUCAAGGAAAACCUGGAGAAGAACGGACCUAGGGUCUUGGAUCUUGAACUGGAGUUCGAUGAGCGAACGGUUCUCAUGGAUAAUCUGGUCUACUUGACUAAUUCUCUGGAGUUGGAGCAGAUUGAUGUCUUAUUUGCAUCCGAAGCUGAUGACAAAGUGAAGGAGGACUGUUGCCCCGGGAAACCAUUCAGCGUGUUUAGAUCAGAGCCUGGAGUGUAUGUGACCCUGAUCAAUCCUCAACCCUGCAACGCACUGUUUUCUACAAAGAUCAGCAUCCGACAGGGCGACAACGCAGACGGCAUCAUUCGGCGACUAGCUAAAAUCAACAGACUCGUAAAACAAACUCAAACAGAUCUGUCCAAAGUGAAGCUGAUGAGGUAUGAGGACCCCUCACUAGGACCUCGCAGGGUGCCUGUUCUGGGACAGGAGGAAAAAGGCAAACUGCCCAUCUCCAGCAAGUCUGUGUUCAACGUGAAUCUGCAAGAGAACACGGUCACUUUGACUGACAAUGGCCUGACCCUAAACAUCGGGGACACGCUGGUGUAUCUGGUCCAUUAGGGAAGCACUCAGUGUCACACAGGAGCAGGAUUCAGCAGUGAUUUUUAGUGAAAAACUCAAAUGCUUCAUGACAUGUUACAAUUUAACAGGUCCACUCUGACACACGUCCAAAGAACACUUGAACAUAUUAGUCUUUUGAUGUUUCUGUACGUUGGUCUAGAUUUUAUUGGAAGACCUCACUGUCAGAACAUCUUAAAGCAAACGCAAAGAAUGCUACAACUUUUGAUUAAUAAUGAAACUAAAGCUCUUAAUUAGAAUAAUAAAAAGCUCAAUACAGUAAAUGUUGUUCCAAAGGAAUCAACCUGUAGCUUUUUAUACCUGAGCAAGAGAAUGACGCUUGAAUCCGUAAGAUGCUCUGCAGUACAUGAGCAGCCUGUGUCAGUUCAGUUGAAUUUUGUCGUUUUGACGUGUGGACAUCUUGUUCCUCCUGUCUGAUACAAUAUGUUGUAAACGAGCAAUUACCAGAAAUGAAACUUUAAAUGGAUCUUUACUUAGAGAUGUGGAACAGACACCAACCAUCACUUCUUAUUUGGCCAACCAGAUUUUUACAGACUGCUUCUUUCUGAAGGCCUUAAACUGUCAUACAGAUAGCUCUGUGUUGUUUUCUACUGCAAAGAUAAGGACAUCUUCUCUGCAUGUUAAGACACAUUUCUCAUUUUAUAGCUGCCAUAUUUGCUUGUCGGAGACU